AUGUUUGGCGUUUCUUUCAGUUCUGACAAUGGCUUGAUCGUAGAAUUCGUAUAUGCAAUAUCGGAAACCCCAUUGUGUGUCCUAAUAGAGACCUCCUCUUCGUCCUUGCUCUUGCUAUUGAUAUUCCGAAUCAACUCACUUUGGAGGCCAGAAGAGGUAAUAUCUGCUGACGUAGGCUCUGCUUGUGAGUUUCGUAUAUUUGUAAAGGUAAAAGGAGAGGAGGUUGCUGUUACCGGCUUUAUAGUAAUUGAUGGAAGCAGGAUAGGAGAAGAUACUGGGAUUUGGGUGGAGCAAAGGGCUGGUGGCACAAGUGGCUCAACGGACAAUUCAGUCGAUGCACACUCCGACGUUAUAGCUUUGCUUGAAAUGGACUGCUUAAACUGCUUACUCUAA